GAGGCAGCAAGAGAACGACAGGAGGCAGCAGAGAACGGCAGGAGGCAGCAGAGAACGGCAGGAGGCAGCAGAGAACGGCAGGAGGCAGCAGAGAACGGCAGGAGGCAGCAGAGAACGGCAGGAGGCAGCAGAGAACGACAGGAGGCAGCAGAGAACGGCAGGAGGCAGCAGAGAACGGCAGGAGGCAGCAGAGAACGACAGGAGGCAGCAGAGAACGGCAGGAGGCAGCAAGAGAACGACAGGAGGCAGCAGAGAACGACAAGAGGCAGCAGAGAACGGCAGGAGGCAGCAGAGAACGGCAGGAGGCAGCAGCGAACGGCAGGAGGCAGGAGAGAACGGCAGGAGGCAGGAGAGAACGGCAGGAGGCAGCAAGAGAACGGCAGGAGGCCACAGAGAACGGCAGGAGGCAGCAGAGAACGGCAGGAGGCAGCAAGAGAACGACAGGAGGCAGCAGAGAACGACAGGAGGCAGCAGAGAACGGCAGGAGGCAGCAGAGAACGGCAGGAGGCAGCAAGAGAACGGCAGGAGGCAGCAGAGAACGACAGGAGGCAGCAGAGAACGGCAGGAGGCAGCAAGAGAACGGCAGGAGGCAGCAAGAGAACGGCAGGAGGCAGCAGAGAACGAAAGGAGGCAGCAAGAGAACGGCAGGAGGCAGCAAGAGAACGGCAGGAGGCAGCAGAGAACGACAGGAGGCAGCAGAGAACGGCAGGAGGCAGCAGAGAACGGCAGGAGGCAGCAAGAGAACGACAGGAGGCAGCAGAGAACGACAGGAGGCAGCAAGAGAACGGCAGAAGGCAGCAAGAGAACGGCAGGAGGCAGCAGAGAACGACAGGAGGCAGCAGAGAACGGCAGGAGGCAGCAGAGAACGGCAGGAGGUUGGAGAGAAUGACGGGAGGCAGCAAGAGAACGGCAGGAGGCAGCAGAGAACGGCAGGAGGCAGCAAGAGAACGACAGGAGGCAGCAGAGAACGGCAGGAGGCAGGAGAGAACGACAGGAGGCAGCAGAGAACGGCAGGAGGCAGCAGAGAACGGCAGGAGGCAGCAGAGAACGACAGGAGGCAGCAGAGAACGACAGGAGGCAGCAGAGAACGACAGGAGGCAGCAGAGAACGACAGGAGGCAGCAGAAAACGACAAGAGGCAGGAGAGAACGACAAGAGGCAGGAGAGAACGGCAGGAGGCAGCAGAGAACGGCAGGAGGCAGCAGAGAACGACAGGAGGCAGCAGAGAACGACAGGAGGCAGCAGAGAACGACAGGAGGCAGCAGAGAACGACAGGAGGCAGCAGAAAACGACAAGAGGCAGGAGAGAACAACAAGAGGCAGGAGAGAACGGCAGGAGGCAGCAGAGAACGGCAGGAGGCAGCAGAGAACGACAAGAGGAAGCAGAGAACGACAGGAGGCAGCAGAGAACGACAGGAGGCAGCAGAGAACGACAGGAGGCAGCAGAGAACGACAGGAGGAAGCAGAAAACGACAAGAGGCAGGAGAGAACGACAAGAGGCAGGAGAGACCACCUGGAGGCAGAAGAGAACGCUAGGAAGCAGGGAACCAUCUGUAGAAAGCACCAAGGCAUUAUGA